AUUCGUAUUCAGCCAAAAUACAAACAUUAAAAUUGGUUAUAAAAGACGUUGCAUCACUCGAAAAAUCAUAUAACGCAUUGUUCUCUUCCUCGCUUGGAAAAAAAAAGUCCCUUUUCGUCUUGCAUCUCUCCCAAAAUUAAACGCGGCAGGAAUGAUGCUUCCCGUCUGUAAACCCUGCUUCCUAACGUCUGAAAUCACCCGCGUAAUCCUCCGACGAACCAUCAAGGCCUCCCUCUGCACGUUCCUCCUUUUCUCUCUCGCACUCGUCACCUACUCCCUUUUCUCAUCCGCUCCAUCCCCCUGGCGGUUCCGCUCAUGUCACGCCCCCCCAAUCACACCAAUCAAUCAACUCCAGCCGCCGACGAAUCUCUCCCACAUCGCCUUCGGUAUCGGCGCCUCGGCACGAACGUGGCAUCAGCGUCGAAAGUACAGCGACAUGUGGUGGCGGCCGGACGAGAUGAGGGGCUUUGUGUGGCUUGACAAGCCUCCAAUCAAAACGGAUUGGUCGUCCGCAAGCCCGCCCUGGAAAGUAUCUGCUGCGGGGAUGGAUCGGCAUGGGACGCGUGCGGCGGCUUCGCGGAUUGCACGGAUCGCCACGGAGAUGUACGCGUUGGGGAUGGAAGGGGUGCGAUGGUUCGUGAUGGGGGAUGACGACACCGUUUUCUUUCCGGAGAAUCUGGUUGCCGUUCUUGGGAAAUAUGAUCAUGAACAGAUAUACUACAUCGGUGCGCCGUCGGAGAGCGUGGAGCAGGACGAGAUGCAUUCGUACGGCAUGGCUUUCGGAGGAGGCGGGUUUGCUGUCAGUUACGCGGCGGCGGCGGCGCUUUCUGGUGUUAUUGACGGGUGUCUUGAGAGGUACGCUGAUCUAUAUGGAAGCGAUCAGCGCGUGCAGGCUUGCUUUAGCGAGCUUGGGGUUCCGUUAACACGAGAACCGGGGUUUCAUCAGGUUGACCUUCGCGGCGACAUUUACGGAAUGUUAGCGGCACACCCGGUGGCGCCGCUCGUAUCCCUCCACCACUUGGACUACGUUCAGCCCAUCUCCCCGCUUUUCCCUUCCCAACUCGACGCUCUCCGAGUCCUCUUCACAGCCGCUCGCACAGACCCUGCCCGCACGCUUCAGCAAAGCUUCUGCUAUCUCACCGGCCUCUCUUCGCCAGCCAGCAAUUGGUCCUUGUCCGUCUCAUGGGGAUACACGGUCCAGCUCUACCCAUGGAUUGUACCGAGCAGUCACCUCGAAGUGCCGUUCCGAACCUUCAAGACAUGGAGAAGCUACAUGAAAGGGCCCUUCAGUUUUAACACGAGGGAGCUGGAGCCGCCAGCCUUGCCCUGCAAGAGGCCCUUGCGGUUCUUCCUUGACCAGGUUGUGGACGAGAGUAACGGGACGGUAACGGAGUAUAAGAGAUUCGGCUGGGGGGACGAGAGCACGGAGUGCGAUGAGCCGGGCUUCCGCGCCGCCUCUAGGGUUAGGAGCGUUCGGGUCUUCGCGACUAAGAUGAAUCCAAAUGUUCGUGAGAAGGCACCGAGGCGGCAAUGCUGCGAUGUGCGGCGAAAGGCGGAUGGGGAGAGCAUUGAGAUGCGCAUUAGGGAAUGCGGCAACCGAGAAGCAACCUCCCCACCCUGAUUUCUUCUUUUAUUCAGUUUUAACUAUUGCUUAACUCAUUUCUGAUGAUCGAAGAGAGGUAGGAGAGACCGAGAUGUACAGCUUCAAUUAAUUAAUUAUAUAUAUUUUU